UGUUGGCCAAUCGCUCUGGCAGGCAAUAAAGUGGCUGUCAGCCCGCAGGGCUUCCAGCCCGGAGGUGUCAUCCCCAACAGGCACAGGCCGGAGCGUGGACACCCAGCAUGUGGGCACAGCCUAUGAGGAGGACGCUGCUCAGUCUGAUCCUCAGACUCCUGUUCCUGAACCCAGUGUCCACGGGCACCUGCCCGGGCGAUGGCCAAAAGCUCCUCGAGCAGCUGUGGAACCAGGCGAACCUCCUGCAGGACACCAGCUUGCUCCUGGACCCCUAUAUCCGCAUCCAAGGCCUUGACAUGUCUGGACUGAAACAGGGCUGCCAAGAGCGCCCCGGGGUCUUCCCCAGCAAGCAGGCCCUGCAGGGGCUCAGCAGGACGGACUUCCUGCGGACCCUCCGCACCCAGCUGGGCCAGGUGCUGCACAGACUGCAGGCGUUCCAGCAGGACAUGCCCGACGUCCAGGCCUGGGGGAUGGCCAUCAGGUACAUCCACGGGAUCAGGAACAACAUCCACUGCAUGGAGGAGCUGCUCCCGGGCUCCCCGGAAACGGCUGAACCCCCGCAGGCGGGCCUGGGGACCUCACCUCCGCCCACCCGCACCCCGGACGCCUUCCAGCUCAAGUUGAAGGGCUGCCGGUUCCUGCGCGGCUUCCACCGCUUCAUGCACUCGGCGAAGCAGGUCUUCCAUGAGUGGAGGGAGACCCUGCGCCGGAGGAGCCGGAGACAAAGCCCCCGCCAGGCCCGGCAGAGGGGGGUGCGCAGGGCGCGCGGGAUGCAACCCUCUAGGAGGGGCAGGAGACUCGUGCCCAGGGGGCAGCUGCCCCGGUAGCCCCACCCCCCCGCAGGGGGAGGACCAGCAGGUGCUCUCAGGAUGGUGCCCGGGCCUCCACACCUGCUUCCCAUCUCUCCCAAGUGCACUUUAAGGGGUGAGAGCCGGGCAGGCUCCUCUACCUCCUCCCGGACUGGGGGACAGGACCCCACCAUUGUGCUCCCCCAGCCCCGACUUCCCCAGUCCCCGUGGGGUGGCUGGGUCAGGGCACGCGGGGCCAACUUUCCAUUGAUUCAGGGGUCUGAUGACACAGGCUGACUCAUGGCCAGACUGACCGCCACCCCCCACUCCGCGGCCCGGAGGUCCGCCGGCCCUUCCCUCUCAUGACUUGCAGAGCCGUGGCCCCCAGACUUCCUCCUUUUAGUGGCGGCUGGUUCCAAGGGGGAGGGGGGCGGUGGUCAGGGCCUGAGCUGGCCUCGGAUGCCUCAUUGCCAGACACCUGGACGUCUGGUGACCUCACUGCAGGCAGCUGUGACCGGGGCCCAGUGUCCUGCAAGAAGCCCUGAUGGGACGGUCCCAGGAAAGGGGCUCAGGGCCCAGCGUGGCCCCUCGCUCACUGUGUGGCCCCAGGCUGGCCACGUGACCUCCCUGGCCCUCGGUUUUGUCUUUGUGAAUGGAAGGGGGUGGGGACCGCGGAAAGCCGUGCCUGUCAGCUGCUGGGACUCACUGACACAGGAUGGGUUUCAAGUUCUUUCCAUAAACUGGGGUCCGGGUGCAGACGGACCGGGGUGCAGACUGAGUUCUGUGCAGGAACCUCCCAGCCUGCGCCCGGCAGCGCCCGGCCUUGGGUUCUGGCUGCCGGCUGCUCCCCCUGGUGGUGGGUCGUGGAAUUUCUCUCAGGCGGAAACCAAUUGUCCUUCUGCGGGUUUGGGGCCCGUUCCUUGGAGGAAUGUGAUUAAUUUAUCGGUAUUUUUUUUUAAAUCAGUUUGUAUCUGUUUUUUUUUUAAACAUUUUAUUUAUGAGGCUUAUUUAUGAUGUGUAUUUAAUGUUAAUAUUGUGCCAACGUAUAUUUAAAACGUGUCUGGUUUCUAA